AUGCCUUCUAAGCGCAAUCGACCCGGGCCGUAUGACAGACCGUCAUACGGAUACGGAUCGUCGUCGAAGCGGCCCCGAAACUCGUGGUCUUCAAGCGGUUCCUCUCACAGGCACCGCUACAACAUGUCUCACACCGAGACUGCAUCGGCCGAAAGGGCCAUCGACCCGAAGGUGAAGGCCCUCGUGCAAAUAUACAUGCGAGGCAUACCUUCCGGACUACCGAAAUACUACGCUGUUUGGGGAGGAGAUCAUCCUGGCAUGUACACGGACUGGGAUGUAUGCAGACCUCUGGUACCUCUGGUACAAGGAACAAAUGCAAAAGGAAGCCACAUGUGGCAUAAGAUGUUCAAGUCAUACGACCAGGCUCUGAAGUCCCUCGAGUCCGGGCUAUCUGCUUCCAACAGGCUCGAGGAGUAUCUGGCAGCCGCCGGCCUAUCCCCGGCAACGUCAGUCGUGCCCUCAACGGCUAUCGCCGAUCACGCAGAUGACGAGACUCAUCCGAACGACGCAAGCGACGUUCAGGUCAGUGACGACGACGAGGUAGAAGUUAUCGACCUGACUGGCGACGCCUCGGAUGCGGAAGAGCAGGAGCUGGCAGGCCAGCAACCAACCGAGGAGCCUCUGCCCCCGCUCUGUGAAGAACAACAAAAAGCUCUUGAUCUUGCUGUUACAGGCCACAAUCUCUUCAUCACCGGGUCGGGAGGAUGUGGCAAGUCAGUCUUGGUGAAGACCAUCCACAGGACUCUCCAGGCUGCCAAUAAAGAGGUCCAUCUCAUUGCACCUACAGGAAUCGCUGCUGUUAACAUUGGCGGUUACACGACCUUUUCCUAUAUGGGCUGGACGCCCGAAGACUUGAAGAAAACAAAUAACAUGCUUCUUCAGGGUGCAAGUCGCAAGCGCGUUUAUGAUCGGUUGCGGCAAACUCAAGUCCUGAUUAUUGAUGAGAUCAGCUUGGUUGAUAGCCAGUUCUUUGACCGAGUCAAUUACGUUCUCACCGCGGUCCGGCAGGACGCAGCCCGACGUGGCUAUAAUGGCUUGACCAUGGCGGAAGCUGCGGGCCCCUUUGGUGGCGUUCAGAUUAUCGCCGUCGGGGAUAUGUGUCAGUUGGUCCCGUGGGAGGUAUUUCGAUUCUGUACAGCGGAAGUCAAAGACUGGGAGGGGAAACCAGCUCCGUGUGGCAAGAUGGCGCAGAAGACCAUCAAGGGCAAUAUCUUCCACUACUGCCCUCGCGACACAAGUCACGAUGUUUUCCACCACCGGAGCAAGUGGGUAUUCAAAUCUUCCAGUUGGCGGGAAUGCAAUUUUAGAUACGUGCACUUGACCCAGAUCCAUCGACAACAGGAUGAAGAGUUCGUGAGGAUUCUUCAGAGGUGCCGCUUGGGUCAUGUGGACGAACGCGACCUGGACAUUUUAAUGGCAGACCGCAAAGUCGAGGACGGAAUUCGUCUAAUCGGCAGAAACGAUGCCGUCGCCGAUCACAACACCCAGAUGUUCUCACAACUUCCCGGUAAACCAGUCUGGUUUUGGUGUUUUGAUUAUCCGCAAAUGUCCGAUGCGGAUGACAAGAAACAGCGCUACGCCGACCGCGUGGACCUCAAGCUCAAUAUGCCCGUCGUAUUACUUGCAAACAUCGACAUUGAGAAUGGCCUUUGCAACGGCAGCCAGGGAACCAUUCGAAGUUUCGUAACAUCCGACAAAGUUACGCUGCCUGAUGGCCCAAGUAGAAAUAGUUAUGGCGACGACGAGGAAGGCUUUCUCGUGGCGAAAGCAAGGUGUCAGCACGUGAGAUCUUUCGUGGAACAGAACAGAGGGGCACUAUUUCCCGAAGUCGAGUUCAAUAAUGGCGAACGUAGGGUCAUCGGCCCAGAUUGCACCAUUUCGGAGAUUGAAAAGGUACUAGACGAAAAUACGGGGAGGUGGUCCCUCAGGUACAAGUCGCGGACGCAGAUCCCCCUGGUGGCAGGCUGGGCGAUCACCAUCCACAAGAGCCAGAGCAUGUCUUUGGAACGUCUCAUUGUCGAUCUGGCAUCCGCCUGGGACGGCCGGCAGAUUUACGUGGCGCUUAGUCGGGCCCGGUCUCUUGAAGGUCUCAAGAUUGCAGGAGGGUUUCGGGCCAGGCAGGUGAUGAGGACGAAGCUCCAGCUAGACCCGGAUGUGUUGGCUUUCGAGGAAGAGAUCGCGGAGAAGACACAGCAGGCGGAAGAUGGAUAG